AUGCUGACUUUAGAGGACAAGAACAUGAAGGGACUCACCUGGGCCAUAGUCCUGGUCUUGACCUCCCUGGGCUACCUGCUCAUACUGCUGGUCUCCAUCUUUCCCUUCUGGGUGCGGCUCAUGGACGAGGAGACCCAGGAUGUGUUUUUCAGUGGCCUGUUUGAGAACUGCUUCCAUAUCAAAUGCUGGAAGCCUCGACCCUUAUCCAUCUACAUCCUCCUGGGCCGGUUCUUCCUGAUCUCUGCAGUUAUCUUGGCUUUCCUCACCAUCUUCCUCACGGUGUCCUCUGCAUCUGAACUCUUCCCAAGGACUUGGAAGCACAAUGUUGUGUCAGCCACUGUCAGCUUCCUCACAGGGAUCUGUGCCUUCCUGGCCAUGUUGCUGCAUGCCCUGGAGAUCCGGGAUCUGAGGAUGAAGCCCAGUCCACCACAGUUCUCCAUGCAGUGGCCUUACUACAUCCUGGGCUUUGACAUCCUUCUGUUCCUGGUGGCUGGUGCCAUUUGCCUUUCUCAAGGAAAAAUCUGCCUUAGAUGUCGCUUGUUGCCCAUUUACCAGAGCACUGAAGACGUCCAGGGGACCCUACACUUGGAAAAGCUGGAAAGCUUGGGAGGAAAACUGAGCUGGGUACAAAAGGAGACCCAGCUGAGGGAAGCAACAGUUAUCUAG